AUGGGCGUUCAAGAGGUUCAAUUUAAAUCCUUCGGGGAUCAAAAACCCGGGACGUCUGGUCUGAGGAAAAAGGUCACUGUCUUUCAACAGGAGCAUUACUCGGAAUCCUUUAUAACCUCGAUUCUCCUCUCUAUUCCAGAAGGCGUGGAGGGCUCCAAGCUCGUCAUUGGUGGUGAUGGAAGAUAUUACAAUCCUGAAGUCGUACAGAAGAUCGCGAAGAUAUCAGCCGCAUAUGGAGUCAAGAAUCUGAUCAUCGGACAAAACGGCAUCCUCAGCACGCCAGCCGCCAGUCACGUAAUCAGAAAGAGAGGCUACACCGGUGGCAUUCUGCUCACAGCCAGCCACAAUCCAGGUGGUCCAAAGGCCGACUUUGGCAUGAAGUACAAUCUCUCAAACGGUGCUCCGGCUCCAGAGUCAGUGACCAACAAGAUCUUUGAGAAAUCGAAGGGCUUGACAUCUUACAAGAUCUCCGAUAUUCCAGACGUUGACCUCAACAACAUCGGUAGCAACACAUAUGGCGAUCUCGAAGUCGAAGUCAUAGAUUCGACAGCAGAUUAUGUCGAGAUGCUGAAAGAUAUCUUUGAUUUCGAUCUCAUCAGAUCUUUUUUCAAAUCCCACUCAGACUUCAAAGUCCUAUUCGAUGCCCUCUCCGGUGUCACUGGUCCCUAUGGCAUUGCCAUAUUCCAGAAAGAGCUCGGUCUGCCUGAGUCUAGCACUCAAAAUUGUAUCCCAAGUCCAGAUUUCAAUGGGGGUCACCCAGAUCCCAACCUUACGUAUGCUCAUUCUCUCGUGGAAAGAGUCGACAAGGAAAGCAUUCACUUUGGUGCUGCUUCCGAUGGCGAUGGCGACCGAAAUAUGAUUUAUGGUCACAACGCCUUCGUUUCACCAGGUGAUUCUCUGGCUAUCAUUUCUCACUUUGCAGAGAAAUAUAUCCCAUACUUCAAGCAGCAGGGAGUCUACGGUCUAGCCAGAUCUAUGCCAACGUCAAAGGCUCUCGACCUGGUCGCAAAGAAGCAGGGUCUCAAUGUGUAUGAGGUACCAACAGGUUGGAAGUUCUUCUGUGCCCUCAUGGACAACAAGAAGAUGUCGAUCUGUGGAGAAGAGUCCUUCGGUACUGGCUCUAAUCACAUCAGAGAGAAGGAUGGUCUUUGGGCGGUUGUUGCCUGGCUCAACAUUAUCGCAGGUGUUGGAAAAGACACAGGUAAACUACCUUCUGUCGCCGAAAUCCAGAAGGACUUCUGGAACACCUAUGGCCGUGUCUACUUCACUCGCUACGACUACGAGGAUGUCAGCAGCGAUGGAGCCAAUGAUAUGGUCAAGUACCUGAAAGAACUAAUCACCACUAAGAAGGACGAGACUAUUGGCUCUUCCAUCAAGGGCCGAAAGAUCGUCGAAGCCGACGACUUCUCCUACACUGAUCUGGACGGCUCUGUCAGCAAGAACCAAGGCAUCUUCUUCACCUUCGACGACACUUCGCGAAUCGUCGUCCGUCUGUCUGGUACCGGCAGUAGUGGAGCAACAGUUCGACUUUAUGUUGAGAAACUGGAGGAGGACAAGAGCAAGCUAGGCAUGGACGCUCAGGAUUACCUCAAGGAGCCACUGUCUGUUGCCUUCGAUCUAUUGAAGCUUCAGAAGUUCAUCGGCACCACUGAGCCGACUGUUAAGACUUGA